UUCGUGGUUGCUGCAUAACAUUGAGGUCCUGAAACUGAUCAGUUCUCUUGAUUCCAGAGCCAUGCGGGUCUCUUGAAUCUAUGCAUUGUUGUGUUGAUUGCAGUGAACAGCAGACUCAUUAUUGAGAAUUUAAUGAAGUAUGGCCUAUUGAUAAGAGCUGGAUUUUGGUUCAGUGCAAGGUCACUGGGAGACUGGCCCCUUCUUAUGUGCUGCCUCACGUUACCAAUUUUCCCACUUGUUGCGCUCAUGGCUGAGAAGCUGAUUAGAAGGAAGCUCAUUGGUGAACAUGUGGUUAUUCUUCUCCAUAUCAUUAUUACAACAUCUGUCAUCAUCUAUCCAGCUGUUGUGAUUCUUAAGUAAGAAUUCCUUUUGACUUUGCAGUUUAUUUGGAUGCAUCUAUCUAUUUUAUACAUUCGUUGACCUCUAUUUAAUGGUAUGGUA